AUGACGCAGAGCCAUGUCCGAUCUGUCCAAGUCGCCGAAAUGAAGAUGCUCCGGUGGAUGUGCGGGGUAACGAGGCUCGAUAAGAUACGCAACGAGUACGUUCGCGGUAGCCUCGGAGUACGUGAUAUCGCCGAUAAGCUACAAGAGAGCCGACUGAGAUGGUUUGGGCACGUAAAAAGAAGACCUCCUGAUUACAUCGGGAAUGUUGCUAUGGAUCUGAACAUUGUCGGCUCCAGAGGAAGAGGAAGACCGAAGAUGAGAUGGGCGGACACCAUAGAAAAAGACAUGAGGGCCUGCGACGUUUCAGUAGACGACACGUCCGAUCGCGCGAAGUGGAGAGAAAAGACCAGAAAAGCAGACCCCACAAUCAGAUGGGAAUAA